AUGGCGCUUGGUCGCGGUGCUCGGACACGGCGUGUGGACACGGUGCUCAGCCAGGCCCAGCUCUUCCUGCGCCGUGGAACCUGGCGAAGCUUCACCUCGCAGACGGAGGGGGAGGCCCGAGUGACCCGGGUCCUGCGGGAGAAGUUUCCCCGGGCUUCUGCCAUCAAAGUCGUGGAUAUAUCAGGCGGCUGCGGCGCCAUGUAUGAAAUUCACAUCGAGUCGGAGGACUUCAAGGAGAAGCGGACAGUGCAGCAGCACCAGAUGGUUAACCAGGCACUGAGUGAGGAGAUCAAGAGCAUGCAUGGACUGCGCAUCUUCACCUCCACCCCCAAACCAUGAUGAUGCUGCUGCCCAGUCAAUAAAGAUGCUCUCACUGGGAGGGGCUCUGUGCUGAUGAUGAGCUGGCAGCUGCUUCCCACCUGCCAAGAAAAAUUUCCCCAAGUGCUGCAUUUUCAAUUAAGGCACCUGUGCAGGGCUGGGGGGCUGCCAGGGGAGGGGGGAGGAAGAGACUCUUCCUCUCAAAGGACAGCAGGAAGGAGAAACUUUAUUAUUGCCUUGCCACACAGUAGGGUCCCUUCCUCAGCCCCCCACAACCAUGCUGGGAACACCAGGGAGCUGCUCUUUAGGGCCAGGCACUUCUUUUCCUCCCCCCACAACAUUGCUGCUGCCAAAGGGGAGCUUAAGGCUCAAGUGCACCUCUUAUCAAAAAAAAAAGCACUUCAAAAAUAAGCUGAGUCACUCUGGGCUUAGCCUUGAUCAGGCUGCUCAUAGGCCAAGCACUGAGUCCAUGGGGUCCAGAGGAAAACUUUGGGAGUAGAAUGCAGCUCUGCAGCAUAUGAACUUUACCCCAUGCCUGGGGGAAACAAAACCUGAGUCCAAGGCAAGUCCCAUCCUCAGC